CAGCUCUAUUGCGGUCCCAGCAGAACUUUUGCGUCAACAUUUUCCUGGUAAAGUCUGCACAGAAUUCAAGUCAUGGCGAUCUAUCACAUGGUCUGAGUAUAAGGCUACACCCACAACACAGCUUCUGAGAGAAUAUGGUGUGGUAACUCAGCAACAUCUGUUGUUCAUAGCAGUUUUUGAACGUAAACAUGUCCGUCUAGAGGCUCUUGUUGCCAUUUUUCCUGAUCACCCCAAUACAGUCCCAGUCUUCUCCCUCUCCAUGCACUGGGAAGGCCAUCACCAAGCAGCCAAUAACCCACAGCUCAGACAAAUGGAGAAGGAAGUUAAUGUUCACUGGGAUGAACUGGUUUCAACCAGGAAUGAGCAGCUCCACCUCUUGCCUCUGCUCUUGUACCGCCUGGCAGUGUGCCUGGAUGUCUUUACAGAGGCAUACAGUGCACAUGCUGAUGCUCAUAAGCCAGACUCUCAGUUCCACAAGGAAAAGAUCUUUUUCAGACCUGCCAGAGGGCCUGACCGUGCUUUUCCCUUCAAGUAUCAUCCAAGCUCGGAGUGUUUCACAGCGCUAACUCUUGUAAAAUGAAGUUCCUUAAGAUCUUUAUAAUAUUUAGAUUUCUUUCACUUUCUUUUUCACUAAAUGAAGAAUAUUUCUGUGGUUAAUAAAAAUAA